UUUGGCAUUUUGUGCAUAGAUGGAUGGGGUGGGAGUGAAUCCGUUACUCUUUUUCUGCACCUGACUGCCUGACCACUGACAGCGCACAUGCACGGACCUCCACUUCGCCAGUCGCAGCAGUAUCAUCAACAACAACACGAUACAACCGUAAGGGAAAGCGAAAUAAUUCGUCGAGCUCCUACGCACCUGUUUCAGGGAUUGAUCCGCCCAGCGCUCUACAUCCUGGAGGUAGAAGGAACACUGCAGCAGAAAACACUGGCUGUCGAGCUUUAGUCCUGCUUUGCGCCAUAUUUUCUGAACACCGUCACGCACACACACGCACACACACCAUGGUCACCAGCACUCACCAGCACCAGGGGGUCGAGAUGCCGCCGUCUACGGCGCCAACGCAGCAGUCCUACAACCGCCAGGGCUCGCGAGGGAUCGUCCGCCUAAACGUGGGGGGCAAGAAGUUUCUGACGUCGCGGUCGACCAUCAUGCAGGCUGGCAACUGCAUGCUGGCCUCCAUGUUCAGAGGAAAGUUCAACAUGGAGACCGACGAGGAAGGGUUCGCCUUCAUCGACCGGGACGGAGAGAGGUUUCGGCACGUGCUCAACUUCCUCCGUUGCUCGAGCCUCCCUUCCUUUGAUGAAGCCUGGCGGUACGAGGAAAUCAUGGAGGAGGCAGACUUCUACGCGAUCGAGGAACUCAAGGAGCUUUGCGAGAGACAACUCGAGGCCCUCAAAGAAGCGAAGCGAAAGGAAAAGGCCAAGUCGUUCACGUGCAGGGUCACGAUAGUGGAGGGAGCGGCGGACGGCGCCGCCGGCCAGGGGAGCGGCGGCCGCGGCGGCGUUGGCACCGCCAGGGAGCGCUACGGAACCGGACACUUUACCCUCGACGAGGACUUUUGAUCUUUUUUGUUUUGCUUUUUCGGCCCCAUUAAGAUAGGCGUCCUCCGAUUGGUCGAGGUGUUGUGGUUUGUAUUCGUGGUUGAUGUUUUCGUGGCGUGUGUUCGUUUUCCCAUCGAGCGUGUGAGUUAUUUGAUUGGUUGGUUGAUGUGAAAGGGGUACCUACGUGUUGCUUACAGAGUUUCGAUGCACUCUGUACCGCACGAUCAGCGAAAGUAGUGGAUGUUGAAUUUGUGGACGCGCUUAACUUACCAGCCAAUCAACUCCCUCCGCUCCCGCGCUCACACGCUCAUAUCAGCUAGCUCCUUGUCUUGUUGAGGUGGUUCUCCUAGGGUUUUCUCGACGAUGCUAUAUACAUCGGGUGUGAUCUGUUACCCUCAAAGAAGGGAGUGUCGGUAUUUACGAGUUUUUUUUCGCUUUUUCUUGCGCUCGGGGUGUUGGGCGAACGUCAUGAGAGUCUCCCCAUCGCGCGUGCAUGAUGCUUGUGGAUGUUUGUUGGUGCGGGCAGGUUGUAUGUAGAGAUGGGGUCGGGGGGAUUUCUCCCAGCACAGCAGCGUAUGUAGCACACUACAGCAAUGGAUUGUUUGUUUGAAGCGAUUCACAGGCCUCGAUGAGGGGGCAGGGGCAGGUCAAGCUGUCCUGGUACGUGUCCGUAUUUUUUCGUUAACUGUCUGGUGGUAUUUGUUGGUUGUAAACCGUGGUUUAGUUGUAUUGCUACACGCGACGCUGACACAAACACAUGAUGGAUUGGUUAGUUGCCUUGGCUAUCUGUUGAGCUCUUCUACGUACGAGACAUGGCAUGUGGUCCCGUCCUCAAGAGAGUCGCUGUGUGGUUGUGCCUCGCCAUAUUUGGACGAGAGAUGGGAGCGAGCGAAGAGAGGGUGAAUUCAUGAGCACACGGUAACGGUUUUCAGAUUCGGCGUUGUUGUGUACCAUAGGGGUUGGGGGAUGAUGUCCCCCGGCCCUUUGGUCCGUGUUGGGAGGAGUUGUGGCCGUGGCCAUCUGUUCACCCGGCGGGGGGUGCGCAGUCGGCAAAGGACUCGCAAGGGGCAAGGACGCGCGCAUGUUGUGGGCAAUGAUGCGAGAGUGCGUGUGAUGUGUUGAGGCGCAUUGUUGAGGUACAAAAUGAUUUGAUCUCAUUGCCUCUUGUGUGUUUGUUAUGGGUGCGGGGAGGAAAUAGAAGGAACGCGCCGUCCAACCGGAAUUCGAUAUUAUUCAUGUUUUCUCUACUUGGUUCGUGCGGGGUGCGGUGAAAUUUGGACAAAAGGGAGUAAUCUUGUUUGACGCCUUUUCUUCCUUUGCUUCUCGUGCGGUCUCUAUUCGUCAUGUGCCUGUUUGGUCGCGUGAGUGCGUGGGUGGUGUCUGUCUUUGUGAUGGCCACGGCUGUUUGGUCGUUGUGUCUUUCUGUCCACGCGAUGAAUGAACUAUGAAUCACCACUACAAGGAAGCUGUCAUUGGCCCUGCCCCCUCUUCAUCCGCGUAAAGCAGUGAUGGCGUGGUGGUGCACGGAGGAGCGGUUGUUCGGACCCGGUGUCGUUGGUGUGGGGCUUUGGGCUACCGAGGGAGGCCUCUAUAGUGCCGAGGUGUGUCCCGAUAUUUUUCCGGCAGAACGACUUGGUAUCCGGUGUGUGCGAGCCGAAAACACCGGCACUAUAGAGGGUCCCCCACUGUAUCCCUUCUUAUCACUUUUCUUCGAUCGCUGGGAUCAAACUUCUUCGUCAUUACCACCAGCUUUCGGGUCGACACUCGAACAAACGCCAUGCAUCAUGCGCUUGCAAUUAGUAUCCUCCGUGAAGGGUAGAUUUUCCCCUCUUCUUUCUGUUUGACCUGAAGUAUCGAACGAGCGAUCAGAUUGAUGCGCUAUUCCACAACAAGGGCGAGCUCCGCGACAUGUCCUCAUCAAAACCAACCCCCCUCGCAUUUGUACAAGUCGAUCGGAGAAAUAGCGGAACGACAAGAAAAGGGAAAUAGAAAGUACUUGCCCUGUGAACCACCUGCCGCAUUGAUCGCUGCGAAAGCAGCACUCGAGCAGUGAAUGAAAACCAUGUUGGGGAUAUCAAAAAUCUGCAACGGCAAAUUGUACCAUACGCAAACAACAAAACUUUGGACUUCCCGCCUCACAAGCAAUUCACGGCAAAAUAAUUUGAAGUAAGCAACAAACACAACCAAAUUGUGUUCUUCCCUCCCCCAUGAUCGUCUUCGUCUUCAUUUCACCGAGCGCAUCUAUCUAUCUUCCAAACAAACGUGUUGCCGAUCCAAAACCUACAUACCUGGUACUUCUCCAUCGCCCCCCCCCAUCAGUCAAGGAUAUCCUUCCCUUCUUCCCUGCAUGCCAUCGAGUGUCCAUCCCUCCGAUGUAUCCAUUCCUCCAACUUGUCCUUUCCUCAGUGAAGUGUUGACAACCCGGAAGGAUCAUGAGCGCCGGAACGACUCUAUCUUGUGUAAUUAUGUAUCGAACGAGGCAUCGAUCAAUGCGCUGUCGCACACCCAGGGCGAGCUCAAGGCCGUCCUUCUCUUGCAGGCCAUGGACUAUCCAUCCCUCAGUCAAGUGAUGACAACCCGGAAGGAUCAUGAGCGCCGGAACGACGGUAGUGUUGUUGUUGUUGUUG